AUGUCCGGCAGACAGGGUGGUAAGGCAAAGCCCCUCAAGGCUCCUAAGAAGGAGAAGAAAGAGCUCGACGAGGACGAUGCCGCUUUCCAGCAGAGGAAGAAGCAGGAGGAGGCUGCUUUGAAAGCUGCUCGAGACAAGGCUUCUAAGGGCGGAGCUCCUGGCGGUGGUAUCAAGAAGUCGGGCAAGAAGUAGUGUUCACGCUCAACUUCUUCGACAAUUACAUCGGAUGCGCCACGGGGGAUCACGUCGCUAGUUGCAAUGCGAGCUUGUUUUGUACUAGUAUUGUUGAUGGUUCAUGCUCUCGAACAGAUAUACGCUGCAUCGUACGGAGUGGAUCGGCAAUCCUUGAGCAAGGCAGAUAGCGCAGUCUGAG